AUACCAUUCAUUGCAAGUCGCGACCACUCCACCGAAAAUCGUUGCUCACGACAUCAACCGCGAGACCAACACGACAACAGAUCCUCCUAAGCAUGGACAUUGAGAUUCUGAAGCGCAGUGAUCCAGCGCGCCAGCUCAGAUCUUCUUGUCAGCUCAUCGCGACCCCGAUCCUCCUCUUCGACGUUCCAAGAUGAACAACCCCGAAUUCCGCCAAACCCUGCAGAACAUAUCCCAUAAUCUCGAAACUGCGAACCAGGCGGCUCAAGAGAACAUCUACACCUUCACGCAGCGCUAUAUCGACCCUUGCUUGGCUGGAAUAAAGUCUUCCAUCGACGCUUGCACGGGCCCAUGCUUUCCCAAUCGAGAAGACAACUUGCGCCGAAAGAGAGGACGGUCGCGUGGCAGAGCCGAAUCCAACUUUGAUUUUUAUGAUGCCUGGGAGGACGACGAAGCGCUUGCGGAGAAUUCUGCGGCAUGGGGAAAUGAUGAGUUGGACAGUCUGCUGGCUGGGCAUGGACCGCAGUCAAUUCAGCCUACGAGACAACGAGCGAUGAGUUAUGGCUCCCGAAAUCGACGCAAACCAACCGCAGCACAAGGAGGUUCGCAUACAGAGCCUACUAUUAUACCCGGCUCGUCAUAUUUGGGAUUCUUGGAACGGCUACCGUGGAAUAUAGGCUCCCGCAAAUUACGGUAUAAACCUUCGGCGGCCGACCUGCAAGAGAAUCCCGGUGGGACGCGGAUACGAGAUGUGGAAACAGAGCCAUUGAUUGAAGAGCACGAUGGAGUUGACGACAGGUGGAAGAGGAGUCAUGGCCGGUCGAGGAGCGACACGAACGCCUCGAGGUCCACGACGAACUCACUCAGCUCGAGAGGAGACUUGAUCAUGAGCGAUGAGGAGGAAGACGCGGUACCACUCGAUGACGAAUUCGCCGUCAUGCUGGCACGACGCAGUACGAACCAAGGUCUAAGUGAAGAUCAGAGCAGUGGGAAGUCGAGGACACCCACAAAACGUCCCGAACGAUCUCGGAGGUCGACGCGGACAACUUCAUCAAAAUCGCUCAAAAGUCCUGCCAGCCAAAGUCAAAAAUCAGCGUCACAGAGGAGCCUGACACCUCUCUCGCCGAGUCCCGUCAGAGAUCAUCUAAAGACACCGACGAUUAUGGAUCUCAGAUUGCAAGAACAAGAACUUGAAAGGGAAGAAGAGUUGGAAAUCCAACGGAGACGAGCGGCUGCUCAUCGGCUUGCUGUGCGGCGAGGAAUGAGCUCGGCCGAUGUGAAGGCUCUAGCAAGCCCCGAAGCAGAUUUUGAGACCGCAAGCACUGAAGUAGAUGGAAGCGAUGAACCUCAGACCCAUGCAGAAGAAGAAUAUGCCUCGACAGCGGCUGACUUACAGUCAACAUCAACAGCAGAAACAGAAUAUUCUGCGCCUGUCGAUGAUGGGAAAGAUCCGACCUGAAUGACCCCCACAUUCGUCAUUGAUCAUUUCAAAACUAGAGGACCCAGAUGAUUCUGCAUUCGCAUGGCACCUGUAAUACAAAAGGCAUGAAAGGAUAUGAAAGUCUGACACUCGUGGUCUACGCUAUCACACGGCCACAUAAUGAUGAAAUCAAGACGCUGUUUCUGAUUUUGCAUCUUGACAAGCGAGAUGUAGUCAUACUCGGACUGUAGUCACUGUACAGCUAUGUACUUUUAGUUGGGGUUGGAGCACCCCUGGAAAAUGUGCUUGGACGAGAUUGACCAUGGACUUCCCUGUGCUUAUCAUACUGGAUCCGGUUGUGGAGACUCGCCUAUCUGUACCUGGACAAAGUCUCUCUCGCCUGC